GGCAUUAUCGCAUGUCAAACUUGACAAACGAAAACAUUAUCAUGAUCGCCUCGGAACCUUUCACGUUUGAGAAGGCAGACUGGCUCGAGAUACGAACAAACACAAUGGUGGUCAUCACUCCCAAGAUGAAUUUCUUGCAAAUUCCCAUCAAGGACGAGUUUUACGUCCCACACUCUGUCGCUCACACACGUACCAUCGAGUUUGCUGCGACAAAGGGCCUGCUUAGUCCAAAGACUGGCGCCUUUGUUCCACGCAUCGCGGGAGAAGCUUCUUGA